CUCAAAGCCCAUAUUCAGCUCUGCGUGUGUUGCUUUUCGUGCGAGCAGCGCAGCUCAUGGUUGCCCCCAGUCGGUAUUUGCUGGAGCAACAGCUGGAGAAGCAGCUGCGUCAGCGUACUGGCCUCUCUGGGAAGCAGGGCCUGCAUCCUGUGCCGAAGCCCUUCUACCGCCAGAGCGAGGCCCUGGAUGCCUUGCACAAGCUUACGGAGGAUGUGGACUACACUCCUUCCCAGGUGGGGCUCUUCGCGCAGGAGCUGGGCGCAGGCGGCAAACGGAGGUUCCUGGUGAACACCUUUGCGGGCUUCGCGUUGGAGAGGGCGCCCCGCUCCUGGCCGCAGGAUGACGAGCCCUUGGGGAAUUUCUACGAGGUGAUCCAGGAAGACAGACCCUGCUGGUUUUACUUUGACCUGGAGUACUCUCGAGAGACCAAUCCACAUUUGGAUGCUGAUAUUGUCAUGGCAGCCUUCCGGAAAACAUUGGCGUGUUUCUGCCGGGAGGUCCUGCAGGUGGACCUUGACGUGACCAGCGUGCUGGAGAUGGAGUCCUCCACUGAGCGGAAGUUUUCCAAGCACGUCAUCGUGAAGCGAGUGCGCCCCGCCUCUGGAGAGGUGAGAGCCCUGGCCUUUCCGAACAACGCCCAGGCGGGGCUGCUGGUGAGUAGCUUGGUCCAGUACGCGGCUCUACAUCGCGCAGAUGGCGGCGACGCGCUGUUUGUCCAGGCGCCCAAAGCGGAUGACGGCCAGGAACGAGAGGUCUGCAUCAUCGAUGAGUCUGUUUACAGCAGAAACCGCUCCUUUCGCCUUUUAUUCCAAUCCAAGUUUGGAAAGAAGCGACGCCUGGACUUAGAUGCGGGGUCAGCCAAGCUAGCCUUUGGCGUGAAGCCGCACCCUUGCUUCGCCUUACUGGAGACCAUGGCAAGUUUCGUUCCAGACGGCACUGAGCUCUUCGAGCAUGCGUUGAUUCCCAGGGGCUUUGCCCACAUGCAGGCAAAGGCAUCAAGGAGCUCGGUGAUUCGGCACAAGAAUGGCUCAGUGCAAGCAGAGUGCGAUCCAUUGCUUAAUUACUUGAUUCGCGUCUGGGAUGAUAUCCGCCGGUUGAACGACACGUCUCCCAUGCCUUUUGAGCCCACCAGUGUGCAAAGCUGCGUGGAGAUGGAUGAGCGAUUUCUGACAGUGACCUUGAACAACAAUCGAUAUUGCUUCUGCAAAGGAGCCUCUCACAAGUCCAACCACAUUUACCUGGUGGUGGAUACACAACAGGCAUCCUUCCAUCAGAAGUGCUUUGACAUUGCUUGUCGGCACUAUGCGUCGCCUCCCUUUAAGAUCCCUUGCUGGAUUAUCGACACAAGUGCCGAGGAGGAGGAGUUCUCGAAUUUGAUCAGCGCCGGUGGGGAUGGAUUCCAGGUCGCAGACGUUGCAGACGUGCCGCAAAAGCGGAUGCGAAUCUCUGAGGGCGGCGCCUGACGUUGCACGCGCGGGGAAAAUGACAAUGACCUCUGCAUGUUUGAUUCUCAUGGCACGAAGGAAUCCUCUUUCGAGGACGCCUUUCU